AUGACGAUUGCUCUUGACGACGACAAUAAGCGAAACCAGGUUGAUUACCCGAAUGGCGCACGAUUUGAAGGCACUUACAAAAAUGGGAAGAAAUACGGUUAUGGUAUUCUGAGAUUGGGGAAUGGAACACAAUAUGAAGGUGAUUUUGAAGACGAUAAAAAACAUGGUCGAGGAUCGUAUGUAUGGCGAAAUGGUUCGCAUUAUAAUGGAGAAUUCAAAAAUGAUCAGCCAAACGGUUCUGGAAAAUUGAUGCAUGCAAGCGGUGAUGAAUAUGAAGGUUCAUGGUUAAAUGGGAAAAAACACGGUGAAGGACGAAAAAGAUGGGCCAAUGGAAAUUCAUACCAAGGUGAAUAUAAAAACGGUGUUAAAGAAGGUCGAGGUAUUCACAAAUGGGCCAACGGAUCACAAUACGAUGGUGAAUGGAAAAAUGAUCAACCGCAUGGUAAAGGAGUUCACAUUUAUGCUAAUGGAGAUGCGUAUGACGGUGACUUUGUCAAUGGACAACGACAUGGAAAAGGUUUAGUUAUUUAUUCAUCGGGUGACAGGUAUCACGGUGAUUAUGAAAAUGACGUGAAACAGGGAAGGGGUAUUUAUACGUGGGUAAACGGCGAUGAAUAUGAAGGUGAAUGGAAUCAGGGUAAUCCAGAGGGAAAAGGAGUAUUCCUUUGGGCAAAUAGUGGUAUAGAAGAACAACCAAAUCUGGAACGCCAGUCUUCUCAAAAUACAGAAGAACAAGAACUUACACGGAAAUUAGAAAAAGCACAAAGAAAUGAACAAGGUGAUCAGAUUAAAAAAACUAAACGAACAGAAAAACUUAAAGUCGCACACAGCAGUGAAGAGUUGGAUAAAAUUGAACCAAACAACAAACUAGCUCGCACACAUAGUGUUGAAAAGCCGGAGUCUUCAGCUACAAAAGUAGAUAGACCACGAAAAUCAAAGAAAAAAAGCAUGGAUAUGGAACAUGCGGCAGUAUUUUAA